GUGUGCUCUGUUUUUUUUUUUUUUUUUUAAUAUGUAGUUUUCUGACGUGUGACGAAGCCUUUCCAGCAAACUUGGUUGUACUGUAAAUGUGGCGAGGGGGGCGGACACAGCGGGACUGUGCUGUCCUGCGGUAACAUUGUUGUGGAACGACGUCACAGCUCGAAAAUGAAGGCGCAGAGGCAGCCAUUACCGGAGCUUCUCUAAUUAUUUUAUUCCAAAUAAAUACUCGCGGAAAACUCCCAUGGCAAGAGCUACAAGUCAGCUGUAUGAUGUCGUGCCCAUUCAGCCCAGCGUUGUCAUUUGUUCCCGCUCGCAUCCGUCAAUGGUAAGGAACCACCCCGACUUAAGCAGCAGCCACUGUCCCGGCAUGGAGGGCUCGCCCUCAGAGGCCCGUGCUGUCGGAGCGUCUGCCGGCGGCCAGGGCUCGGGCCUCCGUGCGCAGAAGGUGGCGCAGGCCCCUCAGCCUCGCAAGAAGAAACCAGAGGACUUCAAGUUCGGCAAGAUACUGGGAGAGGGCUCCUUCUCGACGGUUGUCCUAGCAAGGGAGCAGGUAACCGGCAAAGAAUAUGCAAUUAAGAUAUUGGAGAAGCGGCACAUCAUGAAGCAGAACAAAGCCCAGUAUGUCAAAAGAGAGCGGGAUUUAAUGUCAAAUCUCGAGCACCCGUUCUUCGUCAAACUCUUCUUCACAUUUCAAGACGACGACAAGUUGUAUUUUGGUCUCAGCUACGCAAAGAACGGCGAACUCCUAAAAUACAUUCGUAAAAUCGGUUCAUUCGAUGAGACCUGCACUAGAUUUUAUUCAGCGGAAAUUGUUAGUGCUCUAGAAUACUUGCACAAUAAGGGGAUUAUCCAUAGAGAUCUGAAACCAGAGAAUAUUCUUUUGAGUGAAGAGAUGCACAUCCAGAUAACAGAUUUUGGGACGGCGAAACAAUUGUCGUCGGACAGCAAGCAAGCGAGAGCCAACUCAUUUGUUGGAACAGCACAGUAUGUUUCUCCAGAGCUGCUAACAGAGAAGUCAGCCUGCAAAAGCUCUGACCUCUGGGCAUUGGGAUGUAUUAUCUAUCAGUUGGUGGCUGGUUUACCACCGUUCAGAGCUGGAAACGAGUACUUAAUAUUCCAGAAGAUAAUAAAGCUGGAGUAUGAAUUCCCAGAGAAAUUCUUCCCCAGAGCCAAGGAUCUUGUCAAACAGCUUUUGUCAUUGGACCCUGCGAAUCGCAUCGGGUGCGAAGAGAUGGGCGGCUACGACCCUUUGAAACAGCACCCCUUCUUCGACACCAUCUCCUGGGGUGACCUCCACAUGCAAACGCCCCCCAAGCUCACCCCUUACCUGCCUGCCAUGUCUGAGGACGAUGAGGACUGCUACGGAAAUUACGACGACCUCCUGAGCCAGUUCAGCAACAUGCAGGUGGCCCAGUCCAGCUCGUCACACUCCCUGUCGCCGCACGAGUCGACGCCCCCGCAACGGUCCAGCAGCAACAUCGAGCAGUACAUCCACGACCUGGACAACAACUCCUUCGAGCUCGAGCUGCAGUUCACCGACGAGGAGAAGCUUUUGUUGCUGGACAAACAAACUUCUGGAAAUCCUUGGCACCAGUUUGUCGAAAAUAACCUUAUUUUAAAAAUGGGUCCAGUGGACAAACGAAAGGGUCUGUUUGCCCGACGGAGACAGCUGCUCCUCACUGAAGGACCACACCUGUACUAUGUGGAUCCUGUCAACAAGGUCCUGAAAGGAGAAAUCCCUUGGUCACUAGAAUUACGCCCUGAGGCCAAGAACUUCAAAACCUUCUUUGUUCAUACGCCUAACCGAACAUACUAUUUGAUGGACCCUAGCGGAAAUGCCGACAGAUGGUGCAAGAAGAUCCAAGAAGUGUGGAGAAAGAUUUAUCAAAGACACCAAAAUCCCGGCCUAUAGGAGGAGCGCUCCCAUUUCCUGUCUUUUAGCUCCGAGGCCAAUCACUGAGCAGAGUAAUGCCCUCUUUAGUGCCCUUCAUCACCGCAGUGUAAACAAACUUUACAGACGCUGGCAUCUAGACCUUGUUUGUUUUACUGAGUAGAAUCAUGGGGAGGGGGAUACAACUUUGGAUUCAGGGUUGCUUUGCUUCUUCUUUGUGCUCCGUGUGAGGCUUCUGUUGCAAAUCUCCAUGUACGGAUGUUAAAGAGUACCCGCCGAGCACAUGUGCUUUUAUUUUUUUUUUUUUUUUUUUUGUACAUUCGCAACGGAAGGUGGAAGAGGCAAGCUUGGGGGGAAUUCGAGGGGCUUUCUCUCUCUCUCUCUCUCUCUAAAAUCCAAGGACUGGUUUCCUGCGAUACCAUAACAGAAAAAUAUUGAUUUGUGUGAAUCACAGUGUAAUUGAACCAUAUCCCAAAUCCGCAUCCUAUGUGCAAGAUGUAGACAGCCCCCUCGUCUCGUGCAUAUAGUCAGUCCAUAGUCGUACCGGAUACUGCACCCUCGAUCCAAUCUCGCGCAUUUACCAAACUCAAAUGUAUUUUUGUAAGAGCCCGUGUAUUUCCACAGUACCCGAAUGAAUCGUUUUCUUAAAUCCAGCGGUACUAGCUUAUCGCGGUCCAAUCAGAUUCUCCGCGGGUCUAAGCGCGGCGCCUCCCACACCUCCACACAUCCGUUUCCGAGGAGGCGGGUAAACAUGCCACUAGCUUGUACUUCCUAAUCAUAAACUCGCUUAUACCGUUCUCCUGCAUGGCCAGUUGUGUAGCGCAGCCUUGUUCCUCUCUUCUUAGGGCACUGGUGAUAUUACCGUAGUUUAUUCAAGUUUGGAAAAAGGUGGGUAUUUUUUUUUUUUUUAUUGUUUUUUUUUUUUUUAAUGCAUUGGCAACCAUAGCAAAUGUUACUGGAUGAUUUGGCUGUUCUGUUCACUUUGCUAUUUCUUUGUGAUGUGAAUUUCCUUCUUCGUUUUUUUUUUUUUUUGUGGGAUAAUUUGCUCAUCUUCAGUGCAUCCUGUCGAAAUAUGAAAAAUCCUACGUGCUGACCGGAAAAUCCUCACCAACAGAGAUAUUAUACAUGAUACUGUUGUUUUGUUGUUUUUUUUUUUUUUAAGCAAUCAUAGGUUUCUCUCCUUCAGCAAGAUCACUGGCUCAACUAUUUUGUUUUGGCCCCAUUGGAACUAAAAUUGAUUCAUCCAAAGCUCCUCUUUUGUGUUAUCACGAUUUUAAUUUUUUUUUUGACAGAUCCUUGUUUUUUUUAUUAUUAUUUUUUUAUUAUAAUUUUUCUCCCCCCUUCCCAAAGGCCCUCCUCCUUUUGGCUGAGUCUGUGUGCAUCGUGUGACUGGAAUAUAGGUGAAAUAGGAGCCUGGGGGGGGGGGGGGGGGCUCUUGUGUGCGAGGAUAUCUUUAUCUGAUCCAAAUAAGCGAUUAAAAAAAAAAGAAUUGCUGUAUCUGUCUGUAAAAGAGCGGAGGAAACACUCCAGAAGUGUCGGCCUCCUUCGCACGGAGAUUUUUUGUCAAAAAUCAAAUAGAUAGCGGUCGGUUACAUUGUGUAUGGAACACUCUACCUGGCUUGUAACUGAUGAGAACUGUGAUGUACAGAUAUUGUAUUAUUAAAAUCUGAAGCAAGUAAUGCAAUGAAACUAGGAUACAGUUUUUGUAUUUUUAUUCUUGUAUAAGGUUAUUAGAGGGCUAUUGUUUAGCCUCUAGUUCAUUCUGUGUUAUUUAAAUUCUAAUAUAUGAAUCAUAUUUGGAUUGAAGUCAUGUUCAGGGGCCAUGUUGUGUAUGUUUUGAGAUGUAAAAGCCUUUGAAUGUGAAUAAUUAUUGUAAACUAUAAUAUUUUACAGCUUUUUUCUUACUAUAUCAUACAUUUUCUAUUUGCUCAGUGACUUAAUCAUGUUCUGAUGAUAAUUUAAUGAAUUGUCCAUUCUCUCUCUGAUUAUUUGUUCGCUAGGUCAGUUGAUGUUGAAUGACGACUUUUUCCACUUUAACGCUCGGUAGUCCAGUAAUUAAAGCAUGUAGGGGAUUUAGGCAUCCGAAGAAAGCCAAGUGUCCUGUCUUCUGUUAAGUAGCAGUCAUGACAUGGGGGGGAAAGAUGCGGCGUUUCACUGGCAAUGGCUUCUCACAUCCUGCAGCAUGUAAAUAAAGUAUCAGCCCACCA